AUGGGCAGGCGACCUGCUCGGUGCUACCGUCAGAUCAAGAACAAGCCGUACCCGAAGUCGCGCUACUGCCGGGGCGUCCCGGACCCGAAGAUCCGCAUCUUCGACGUGGGGCAGAAGAAGCGCGGCGUCGACGAGUUCCUGCUGUGCGUGCACCUGGUGAGCUGGGAGAAAGAGAACGUGUCGAGCGAGGCGCUGGAGGCGGCCCGGAUCGCGUGCAACAAGUACAUGGCGAAGCACGCGGGCAAGGACGCGUUCCACCUCCUCGUGCGCGCGCACCCGUUCCACGUCCUCCGCAUCAACAAGAUGCUCUCCUGCGCGGGCGCCGACCGCCUGCAGACCGGCAUGCGCGGCGCCUUCGGCAAGCCCACGGGGACGUGCGCCCGCGUCCGCAUCGGCCAGGUGCUGCUCUCCGUGCGCUGCCGGGACGCGCACGCGCCGCAGGCGCACGAGGCGCUGCGCAGGGCCAAGUUCAAGUUCCCCGGCCGCCAGCGGAUCAUCACCAGCGGCAAGUGGUACGUACAGGGGGUUCACCUAGUUCUCUCGCGCGGAGUACCUGAGGGUCAAGAGCGAGGGACGUGUAGUCCCCGAUGGAUCCAAUGCCAAGACGGCUGGGACGCCGGACGUGUGCCAGCCUUCGGUCUUCAGGUCUUCGAGAGGUCUGAUGAGGACAUGCAGACGCACUACACCGGGAGUUGCUCAAUAAUACACGGCCAUGGCCUGGGCUGCCCUAGCGCUGGGUCCGCCCCUGGUGCUGGUGGAUUGAGGUGUACUUUUAAGCAUCCAAAUAAGGCCUUACUUAGAGCUGUCAGAAUCGUGGACGAGAGCACCAAGAAGGCGGUGGCCGUUGACCCUGUGGAACCGGAGAAGAUUCUCAAGGCGGCCGGCGAGGUUGGCGCCUACGUUGACUGCGUUCUCACCACCCAUCACCACUGGGAUCAUGCUGGUGGCAAUGAGAAGAUGAGACUGCAGGUGCCAGGGAUAAAGGUUUUUGGAGGAUCACUGGACAAUGUGAAAGGCUGCACUGAUCAGGUGGAGAAUGGAACGAAGUUGUCACUUGGGAAGGACAUUGAGAUACUAUGCCUACACACGCCUUGCCACACUAAAGGUCAUAUUAGCUACUAUGUUACUAGUAAGGAGGAGGAAGAUCCAGCGGUCUUCACUGGAGAUACCUUGUUCAUUGCUGGUUGUGGGAAGUUUUUUGAGGGUACUGCAGAGCAAAUGUAUCAGUCCCUUAUUGUUACACUGGGUUCGCUGCCAAAGUCAACUCGAGUUUACUGUGGGCAUGAGUACACUGUGAAGAACCUAAAAUUCAUAAUGACAGUCGAGCCAGAGAAUGAGAAGACGAAACAGAAACUGGAAUGGGCUGAAAAGCAGCGCGAAGCGAAUCAGCCAACAGUGCCCUCGACUAUAGGAGAUGAGUUUGAGAUAAAUACAUUCAUGCGUGUUGAUCUACCAGAAAUACAGGCGAAAUUCGGUGCCAACUCUCCAGUUGAAGCACUGAGAGAGGUCAGGAAGACCAAGGAUAACUGGAAAGGUUGA